GCGCCUAUGUAUCAUGUAUUGUAUAUACGUAUCGUACUACUCGUCGCGUGAGUAAAAUCAGAGAGGAGCCUCAGAACGGACGUGCCCACAUUUCAGCUGGGACGCCUUAUUCGCGUAGGUAACGUCCGCGAUUUUCCGUGCUUCUCUUCCGUGCUAGACGCAAGAGUAAGAUAAAGACGGUGCCGGAUAGAGAGCGUCCGUAGAGAGCGUACGGUUCUUCGUUUCGACCGCCAACAGAUGGCGAUCGUCACCCUUGCCAUGUUUGAGAACAGAGACAGUGGACAGAGAUGCACGGAGACGGGGAUGGAGAGGAGAGAUAAAGCGCGAGAUCUAACGAAAGGUUAACGGUUAACCUAAGAGUUUAACCAUGAGAAAUCGCAAUGUUAAAUAUACGUAACGUUGCAUUUUAAACUUGGAAAUUAAUAGGUAAUAACGCUAAAUUAAAUUACGAAACGAAAACAAUUAAGACAGUUAAAGUUGAAUCAUGCGUUACGCGAGAUGUCUCGGUUCUCUAAACGCUACCGCCUUGGCGUAUUAUUAUUAUGUGUUCGGGAAUGUAAUCGCCGCCAACGAUUCCAAUCGUGACUUUGGACGCAUGUACAAAUGGAGAAACCUGCAGGAGGGCUUCCAAGAUGCGAAAAUUUCUAGGAAACCAAUAUUUCUGCUGAUCCACAAAUCAGGCUGUCCGACUUGUGAGAAAUUAAAGCCUAAAUUUGCCAAUUCGAUCAGAAUUCUCGAUCUCAGCCAGUACUUUGUAAUGGUGGGUGUAAGGAAAGAUGAGAUUCCCGCGCAAGACGAAGCAAGAUUUCAACCAGACGGGACUUACGUUCCAAGGAUCCUCUUCUUUACUCCGGAUGGCGAAUUUAUGAAAGAUAUUUAUAAUCGUCAUUCGAAAGCUGACGAUAAAUAUAAGUAUUUUUACAACAACACGAGUCAAAUAAUAGAUAGCAUGAUUUUUGCAUUGGACAGUUGUCCCAAAGAAUCAUCGAGUGGUACUUUUGACGAAAUGAAAAAGAAGUUAUAACAAUUAAAUAUCAAUGUUAUACAACGAUAAUAUGUACCACUGUUAUAUAACGAUAUUUAGAUGCAGCUGAAAUAAAAAUUCACAUUUUGCUACAAAAA